UGCAUUUCUGGCAAAAAGGAAAGAAACCCUCUGAAAGCUAAAAAGGAAACAUGGUUUAUUUAAGAGUUAGUGAAACAAUCAUGGCGGACACCUUGCUUUUCACCUGCCUGCUAUUAUUUCUUGCAGCCAUGCAAGGCGCCCAUGCAGUCGACUAUGCCAUCAACGACCAGACCGGCAACAGUGGCGGCGGCGUUCGUUUCCGAACCGAAAUCGGAGCCCAAAGCAGCCUCCAAACCAUGUCAUCCGCCACAGACUUCAUCUGGGACAUCUUCCAACAAACCAACCCAUCCGACAGGAAAAAUGUCCCGAAAGUAACACUGUUCAUCGAAAACGGCGACGGUGUAGCCUUUUCCAUCAACAACGAAAUCCAUGUUAACGCCAAUUACCUAGGAAACUACACAGGCGACCUGAGGAAGGAAUUCAACGGGGUGCUUUACCAUGAAAUGACGCAUAUUUGGCAAUGGAACGGGAACGGUCAGACCCCUGGGGGGUUGAUUGAAGGGAUAGCUGAUUUCGUGAGGCUGAAGGCUAAUUAUAUACCGAGCCAUUGGGUGAAGCCAGGGCAGGGAGAUAGAUGGGACCAAGGAUACGAUGUUACGGCUAGGUUUUUGGAGUAUUGUGAUGGUCUGAGGAAUGGGUUCGUUGCAGAGCUUAAUAAGAAGAUGAGAAGUGGGUAUAAUGCUGGGUUUUUUGUUGAACUGCUGGGAAAAACUGUUGAUCAACUGUGGAGUGAUUAUAAGGCCAAGUAUGGCAAUUAAAUCACUUAAUUUACUAUUGUAUUAUAUAUCGCCUUCUUAUAAAUUGUCCUAAAUAUUAUCUGAAUCUAAGGUUAAUGAAUAAUUAAUUACUUGAAUCA